AUGGCAGACGAGCAAGCUCGAACCCCUUCGGAGCAGUCUCCAUUACUGGCAUCUUCAUCCCGGGCGGAUGAAGAACUAAGUGGUCGCGUUAGCAUCCCCCGUGGGAUAGCAAUCGCGUCUUUCAUGGAGCUGCUCAUUCUGAUCCAAACAAUCAACAUCUCUAUCAUGACAACAGCUCAGUCUGCCAUCGCGGCUGACUUGGAUGCCUUCGACCAAGCAACUUGGUUCACCGCGGCAUAUCUGAUUGCUGCAUCCAGUGUCACGCCUUUGACUGGACGACUGGCUGCGAUCUUCACACCUCGACUCUAUGUCAUUUUCGCGAGCACGACGCUUGCAAUUGGCCUAUUUGUUUCCGCCGCAGCGACGAGCCUAUCAGUCUUUCUUUUAGGGCGCGCAGUGGCAGGUCUAGGAAGUGGUGGCUUAAUGAGCAUUGCCAUCAUAUUGGCGGUAGAUCUGGCUUCACCAAAGCGUCGGGGCCUUUGCAUCGGAAUGAUCAACGCGGGCUAUACCACAGGUCUUGCUUCAGGUGCCGUUCUGGCAGGCUUGAUGGUCUCCUCCUUGGGUUGGCGUCUGAUGUUCUGGAUUCAAGCACCCGCUGCUCUGAUUUUGGGCCCGAUGUUAUUUCUGGCGAUUCCUGCGACAUCCGGUACUCGUGCGCCUCUUGAUUCAGGAACGCUUAUGCAGAUUCUCUCACGGGUGGACUAUGCAGGCGCUCUGGCGUUGGCACUUUCUGUUGUUCUGCUUCUUUCAAGUCUGGCUUCUCCCACAAUUCUCAUCUGGCCGCUGCCGAUUGCCGCAGUUUCAUUUGUGAUCUUCAUAUUCAUAGAAUCGCGUUGGACAACAGAGCCGGUCAUCCCGAUUCGAUUGCUGCGUUCAAGGGCCGUCCUGAUGACUUGCGUGGCAGGGUUGGGUCUCAUGAUGGCUCGAUGGGCCGUCUUAUUCUACAGCCCGGUCUAUGCCCUGGCCGUCAGGGGAUGGUCGCCCGCUUCUGCUGGUCUCAUCUUGGUGCCGACUAAUGCUGGAUUUGGUAGUGGUGGUCUUUUGGUGGGCUGGCUGCACAUUCGAAAGUCAGCUAGUUACUAUUCCUCGUGUCUGAUGAUAUUCGUCCUUUUUGCUGCUGCAACGCUGGCCCUCUCCUUCCUCUCCACCCCAGAUUCCCCCGUCACUCUUUACAUUGCAAUGACCUUCAUCAAUGGGUUCUUCGCUGGGUCUCUGAUGAACUACACGUUGUCACAUGUCUUGCAUCUCACCAGUCCCGAGGUUCACUACAUUGUGAGUUCUCUCAUCGCCAUGUCGCGAGGAUUCGCUGGAAGCUUCGGGUCAGCGAUUGGAGGCGGAUUCUUCACUCGCGUGUUGAAGAAUGCAUUGGAGACUAGCUUCCAACAGCACAAGAUGUCUCCUCGCCCUGACUUGAUUCGAACCCUGCUCGGCAGUCCAGCCACGGUGAUGAGUCUAACGGGAACAGAGCGUCUGAUUGCGAUUCAGGGGUACGAACAUGCAAUUCGGAUGCUCUUCAUGGGCGGGAGUUUAGUUGCAUUGGCAGCUACUGCUUUCCAGGCAGCCACUGGAUGGGUCCCGGAGGUUGACAAGAAGAGGGACACCGACCAAGAGGCAUAG